AUGAAAAUGAAUGCAACACGUCUUUCGCGUCCAACUCAAUUGGCUAAACAAUCAAAGAGUCCUCUAUCUUUCACAACAAAUAUAUUAAUUGUUGGAGGAGCUUAUGCUGGGCUCUCUGCUUUGAAAAACCUAGUUCAAUUCUUUGGUGAAAAAAUUGAGAACUCAAAACAUGGUGGCACGGUAGAAGGAAACAAAAUCUCACUAACUAUAAUUGAGCCAAAGGGUGGUCUUUUAAAUAUUCUUGGAAUUCCUAGAGCAAUAGUUGACCCUGUAUUUGCAAAGACUCAGUUCGUUCCAUUUGCGCAACUCCGCGGUUUAAAGUUCAAAAGUGUAUUAUCAAGCGAUGAGAAAGUCUUAGAGAGCUUUAACGAUAGCGAACCUACAAAUGAGCCUGUGGUUGAUAUUAACUAUGUUCAUGGACAUGUUUCUCAACUCGGCCCAAAUGAAGCGAAAUACAAGUUGAAUAAUAUUCCUGUUGAGUGUGAUAUAAAAUUCGAUUAUGUGAUUUAUGGUGCUGGCAGAAACAGACACUGGCCAAUAUCACCUAGUGCCUUUGAUGCAAAUUUGUAUGUUUCAGAGAUGAUUGCCGUAAAGGAUGAAAUCGAAAAGGCUGAAGCAUUGUCCAUCAUUGGUGGAGGUGCUGUAGGGGUUGAACUUGCAGGAGAAAUUAAGUCGCAUUUUCCGCAUAAGACGGUAAACCUUAUCCAUCCUCACGGCAAUUUGCCAAAAGAACCUUUGUCAGAAAAGUUUAAGGAAACUGUUUUGGAAUCGCUAAAAAGAGCAAAAGUAGAUGUACACUUGAAUACAAGAAUUUCUAAAGAGCUCGAAAAUAAUGACCUUGAAACUACCAAGGGUGAUGUCAUACACUCUUCUCUUAACUUUUGGUGUAAUUCAUACAAGAAUAAUACUCAGAUUCUUACUGAAAAUAUGAAAUACUUUGUUUCUGAGAACAACAAUAUAUUCGUAAAUGAGUACUCCCAAGUAUCUCACAAUGGCAAAACUCUUACCAAUUUCUUUGCAAUUGGUGAUUUAGUGGAGCAACCUAUUAUAAAAAGUGCUGGCUGGGCGAUGUAUAUGGGCAAGCAUGCUGCUAAUAAUGUAUCGGAGAUGAUUUUAAAUGGAAAUGUUAUUGAACAAUUUGUUGACUUGAAUACAAUGCAGCGAGGAAUGGUUUUAAUUGCUGGAAAUGAAGACGUGAUAUCACAAUCAUGUGGUGAAAUUGAACUAAAUAAUGAGAAAUUCGUUGAAAAUUACCAAGAUUAUUGCUUUGAAGUGGUAAGAGAAAAGCUAGGACUCUAA